UGUCUCAGAGUUUGGAUUUCCUUCAGGCAGGAGUGGAGGUGGGGUGUAAUUCCAACUUGACAGCCCGGGCACUUGCUUUAAGGCAGAUUUAAGGGCAACCAUGUGUUAGGCCAGCAGGCACCGUAUCUCAGGGCAGAGGGCUGUGGCGAGCCUCGUCCCUGCCCUGGGGCUCCCUUUCCCUCCCACAGCCUCUUUCGCUUUGACUGGAAGGUGCCGGGAUCUUUAUGGGGAGAGGAACUGCACAGUGUCCUUAUCCCUUCCUGACUGGGUCCCUUCCCGGAGGCAUCUGGAUUCUGACUCGUGCUUGGAAGUGGUUCAAGACCCCUCUGGGGACAGUCUAAACUCUUUCAUGAUCUGGUGGGUGCGUCAGCUGCUUUUGUAAAAUGGCUAGCGUAUAUAGAGUUACAUACUAGAUUUAGUAAAAUUACAAUCCUCAAACUCAGGGUCUAUUCAACCUUGGGGAAAACUUAAACUCAGAAGGGUGACCUGUAAAACAGAAGAGCUAGCCCCUGUCUUCUAGGGGGUUGGUGGGGUUCGUGAUGAAUCCUAACAUGUCAAGUUGAUGACCACAGAGCGCCCCAAGACAGUCGUGAGAGACUUCAGGACAAGAAUGUUUCACUUAAGGACUUGUGCUGCUAAGUUGAGGCCGUUGACGGCUUCCCAGACUGUGAAGACAUUUUCACAAAACAGACCAGCAGCAGCUAGGACGUUUGGGCAGAUCCGGUGCUAUACUGCCCCCGUUGCUGCGGAGCCCUUCCUCAGCGGGACUAGUUCGAACUAUGUGGAGGAAAUGUACUAUGCUUGGUUGGAAAACCCCAAAAGUGUACACAAGUCAUGGGACAUUUUUUUCCGAAACACCAACGCCGGAGCACCCCCGGGCACUGCCUACCAGAGCCCGCUCCCCCUGAGCCUGGGCUCCCUGUCAGCUGUGGCCAGAGCACAGCCCCUGGUGGAGGUUCAGCCCAACGUGGACAAGCUGGUGGAGGAUCACCUGGCAGUGCAGUCUCUCAUCAGGGCCUACCAGGUCAGGGGUCACCACAUUGCAAAACUUGAUCCUCUCGGAAUUAGUUGUGUAAAUUUUGAUGAUGCUCCAGUAACUGUUUCUUCAAACGUGGACCUUGCAGUUUUCAAGGAACGACUUCGAAUGCUAACAGUAGGAGGGUUCUACGGCCUGGACGAAUCUGACCUGGACAAGGUCUUCCACCUGCCCACCACCACGUUCAUCGGUGGACAGGAGUCGGCCCUUCCGCUGCGGGAGAUCAUCCGGCGCCUGGAGAUGGCGUACUGCCAGCACAUUGGGGUGGAGUUCAUGUUCAUCAAUGACCUGGAGCAGUGCCAGUGGAUCCGGCAGAAAUUCGAGACGCCUGGGAUCAUGCAGUUCACCAAUGAGGAGAAGCGGACCCUGCUGGCCCGGCUAGUGCGCUCCACCAGGUUUGAGGAGUUCCUGCAGCGGAAGUGGUCAUCUGAGAAGCGCUUUGGUCUCGAAGGCUGCGAGGUGCUGAUUCCUGCCCUCAAGACCAUCAUUGACAAGUCAAGUGAGAACGGAGUGGACUACGUGAUCAUGGGGAUGCCGCACAGCUCUGCUCUCAGCUCCUCUCGGGCUGCAAACCGAGGCACUGCCUGUCCAUCGGGGGAGGAAGGGGCUAGAACAGCAUUGCCUGCUGCCCGGAACACAGCUCAGGCCCUGCUCGCCCCUCUGUGCACCAGAGGGCGGCUGAACGUGCUUGCAAACGUCAUCAGGAAGGAGCUGGAGCAGAUUUUCUGUCAGUUCGACUCAAAGCUGGAGGCAGCUGAUGAGGGUUCUGGAGACGUGAAGUACCACCUGGGCAUGUAUCACCGGCGGAUCAACCGUGUGACCGACAGGAACAUCACCCUGUCGCUGGUGGCGAACCCUUCCCACCUGGAGGCUGCCGAUCCCGUGGUGAUGGGCAAGACUAAAGCUGAGCAGUUUUACUGCGGGGACACCGAGGGAAAGAAGGUCAUGUCCAUCCUUCUGCACGGGGACGCUGCAUUUGCCGGCCAGGGCAUCGUGUACGAGACCUUCCACCUGAGUGACCUGCCGUCCUACACGACUCACGGCACUGUCCACGUGGUCGUCAACAACCAGAUCGGCUUCACCACCGACCCACGCAUGGCCCGCUCCUCACCCUACCCCACCGAUGUGGCCCGAGUCGUGAAUGCCCCCAUUUUCCACGUGAAUGCGGAUGACCCGGAGGCAGUCAUGUACGUGUGCAAGGUGGCAGCCGAGUGGAGGAGCACCUUCCACAAGGACGUGGUGGUGGACCUGGUGUGUUACCGACGCAAUGGCCACAACGAGAUGGACGAGCCCAUGUUCACGCAGCCGCUCAUGUACAAGCAGAUCCGCAAGCAGAAGCCCGUGCUGCAGAAGUAUGCCGAGGUGCUGGUGUCGCAGGGCGUGGUCAACCAGCCUGAGUAUGAGGAGGAGAUCUCCAAGUAUGACAAGAUCUGUGAGGAGGCCUUCACCAGGUCCAAGGACGAGAAGAUCUUGCACAUCAAGCACUGGCUGGACUCCCCCUGGCCUGGCUUCUUCACCCUGGACGGGCAGCCCAGGAGCAUGACCUGCCCCUCCACGGGCCUGACGGAGGAUAUUCUCACGCACAUUGGGAACGUGGCCAGCUCCGUGCCUGUGGAGAACUUCACCAUUCACGGAGGGCUGAGCCGGAUCCUGAAGACCCGUGGGGAGCUGGUGAAGAACAGGACGGUGGACUGGGCUCUGGCGGAGUACAUGGCUUUCGGCUCCCUCCUGAAGGAGGGCAUCCACAUCCGGCUGAGCGGCCAGGACGUGGAGCGGGGCACUUUUAGCCAUCGCCACCACGUGCUGCACGACCAGAAUGUGGACAAGAGAACCUGCAUCCCCAUGAACCACCUCUGGCCCAACCAGGCCCCCUACACCGUGUGCAACAGCUCGCUGUCCGAGUACGGGGUCCUGGGCUUUGAGCUGGGUUUUGCCAUGGCCAGUCCUAACGCCCUGGUCCUCUGGGAGGCCCAGUUUGGUGACUUCCACAACACGGCCCAGUGCAUCAUCGACCAGUUCAUCUGCCCGGGACAAGCCAAGUGGGUGCGGCAGAACGGCAUCGUGCUGCUGCUGCCCCACGGCAUGGAGGGCAUGGGUCCGGAGCAUUCCUCCGCCAGGCCGGAGCGGUUCCUGCAGAUGUGCAAUGACGACCCAGACGUCCUGCCGGACCUUAAGGAAGCCAACUUCGACAUAAAUCAGCUGUACGAUUGCAACUGGGUUGUCGUCAACUGCUCCACCCCUGGCAACUUCUUCCAUGUGCUGCGUCGCCAGAUUCUCCUGCCCUUCCGGAAGCCGUUAAUCAUCUUCACCCCCAAGUCCCUGCUGCGGCACCCUGAGGCCAGAUCCAGCUUUGAUGAGAUGCUUCCAGGUACCCACUUCCAGCGGGUGAUCCCAGAAGAUGGCCCUGCAGCCCAAAACCCAGAAAACGUCAAGAGACUUCUCUUCUGUACCGGCAAAGUGUACUAUGAUCUUACCCGAGAGCGCAAAGCACGGGAUAUGGCAGAGCAAGUGGCCAUCACGAGGAUCGAGCAGCUGUCGCCCUUCCCCUUCGACCUCCUCCUGCAGGAGGUGCAGAAGUACCCCAGCGCCGAGCUGGCCUGGUGCCAGGAGGAGCACAAGAACCAAGGCUACUACGACUACGUGAAGCCCAGGCUGCGGACCACCAUCAACCGCGCCAAGCCUGUGUGGUACGCCGGCCGGGACCCAGCAGCGGCUCCAGCCACCGGCAACAAGAAGACCCACCUCACGGAGCUGCAGCGCCUCCUGGACACGGCCUUCGACCUGGACGCCUUCAAGAAGUUCUCGUAGAUGCUGCCUGGGCUCCGCCUCACGACCGCCCCUUGCUUCUCCACUACAGAAUAGUGCUCCGCGCUGCCCGCGCCUCUGCCCGUCCCUGUACCACACACGCCCCCUCCUCGCUCACUUAGGAAUUAAGCUGCUCCCCCACGUGCUCGGCUGCCCCCAGGCCAGGUGCUCCCCAGGCUCUGUGACUUCUGUCCAGCUGAGCAGCCUUCAUGGAGGCAGUGGAGAGCGGGGGGGUGGAGAGGCAGCCCCUGCAGGAGUCCUGGGAGGGUCACAUCUGCCCUCACCCCCGGAUCACCCCCAGGGCCCGCCUCAUGUGGCACACCCUUGUGCUGGCGGUCCCUGUCACCCAGCAGGGUGGCUUCCUCUCCUCAGGCUGAGCCCCAGACCCCUCGGAGGAGCCACCACGGUCAGAGGCUUUGUGGGGUGGGAGGGCUCUGUCAGGACCCUCGCCGUGCAGUGAGCAGAGGGCACUGCCGCGGGCUGGCUGGUGGGAGACGGCCCGAGACUGACCUGCACAGAAAGGGCGGGUCCGCUCUCCUCAGCGUCCACUUCCUCCCCUCGAGAGGGUCCCGGGCCGUGCACAGGGGCCGUGCACACUCCACCCGCCUGGAGCUGGGUGGCACCCGGGCCCGUGGGGUGUGCGUGGCGGGAAGCGCCACUCGGGGCUCUCGGGCCGAGGCGCAGGCUGCUCAUCUGGGUCCUGCCCUCCCUUAACCUCCAGUUCCACCUCCUUUCCUCUUUCCUUCUACAUGAUGGAGACUCCGAAGCAUCCUUCUCUCUGCUGUGCCAAAGCUGGUCCGAAGGGGAGAGGAGGGCCAGGAGUGAGGGGCAGCACUAGGCCAGGGGCCAGCUCCCCUGACCUGUCACAGGGACAGAUCUGAUUUAUUUAUUUUGGUUAAAAAAAAAAAUAACGAAAACAACUUUGCAUUGCAUUUGGCUUGACCCAUAAACUAAGUUAUCCUUGGG